GUAGAUGAGAUUUAAAAUCAAACGUCAGUCGUGCAUGCGCCUUUACCGCCACAAGCGGAAGAAGUUUAAAAAUCAUCCCGCGCGUCACCGCAGUGCUAAAAAGAAGUAUAAAGUAUCUAGUGGCAAGGACUCUUUAAUCGUGUACCUGGAAACAUAAACAGUAAAUUCUAUCAACAAUAUCCAUCGGUAAUACCGUUCAACUUACACAGGUGCAGAGAGAGAUACCACACAUUCGAGUAUAUGAAUUAAGGGUAAGUUUCGGAAACCACUGCACCAACACACCGAUCUGAUCGAAAGGAAAAAAGAGGAGAAACUGUUGCCAAGUACAAGAAGGUACAGAAGUACGAAUCCUUGAUCUCUUUUCUUUUGAUAGCCGAUCAAUUUUCGAUCACAUCUGUCUAUGCAUGUAUGUACCCCGGAUACGUAAUAGUUGUACCGCUCGACCGCAUAGGGAUCGGUAUGAGUGAGAAUUAUACAGACACAGACACACGUAUCAUCCGAGUCAGUUUAAAGGCCCGAGCUUUCUCCACGUUGCGAGACUUUCUCCGGUUCCACAAUUUGGUACAGAAGAUUACAAGGUGCAGUAGAUGCCAUUCCUGAAUAAGUAUAAAUCGUAAGGUAAAGGAGCGCUGAAAAACCGCCUUCGUCAUACAUCUUUGAUUUACAGUCACCAGACUGAAAGGCUGUUUUUGCGUUACAGUCCAAAGAGUACAAUUCAAGAGGCCUUAGUGGUCUUACACGUAAAUAUAAUGAGAGCCUUUACAAGAGUAUAGGUAUACCAUGGCUGUAUUCAUUCGUAAAAAAACAGGUACGGUACGGAUGCGGGUACGGAUACCAGAUACAAGUACGUAGUUGCGGACGGUAUAAUGCGAUCCGGUAUUUGCACAGAAUCGGCACGUAGUCGUCGUUCGGAUACGGGAAUACGAAUAUGAGCCCUAUCUAUGUGUAUAAACCGAAGUGCUCGGACGGUGAGACCAGGUCGGUGAACCAAUGCGAAGCGCUUGAACGGACGUCACCGAAAGAAGGAGGACCCGACCAAGGGGUCAAAUUGUCGUUUCUUGUUAUACGUGUGUGAGGGUAUCGCGAAUUUUAGCUUCAUCCGAUACUUGGUAUCCGAAGCUGAAAAAAGGAAGAAAGAGACUCUCGAUAAUUAGAUGAUUUCAUCACACGAAAUCCAUAUCCAAUUAUUAUGUAUAUGUAUCUUAUACUCGAAGAUUCAAUGCAUAGCAUGUGGCUGCGCCUACGUCAAAAAUGAAACAAACAUACAAAAAGUUUAGCAAUAUGAAUAAUUCAGGAGUAACACGAUGCUCGCAACAACAACAAUAAAAAAACGUACGCUCGCCAAUAACGUAAUUUUCAUUUUGUAUCGUUCAGUAAGAUGCCGGCAUUGAAAUUGUUUGGGCGCAAGUGGUUAGCGGCUACGGAUGACCUUGUGUAUCCUGGACUCUUUGAAAUUUUCAUACGCAUUACUUGGUUCGUAUUGAUGACAAUUGCCUGCAUCAAAUAUUACGAUGUAACUUGGAGAUGCCGCAUCGGUGGAGAACUAGUGCGAGUUUUUCUAGCCGGUGAAUUGAUUCUCCUCGGUGUCGUGACCAUACUCCUAUUUGCCAUAGUAACACACAGCUCGAAAGGUGCCAUCGCAGACACACACCCUCGUCGACUGGUCGAACCACUUCUUACCGUCAAAAUUCUACUGAUAUUCCCUGAAAUAACAUGGAAUAUAUUGGGGACAUUUUGGAUAUUCACGCAGAAAGUUAGCUGUUCGGACGACAACUAUACCAUCCCUGUGGUAGAGGGGCUCGUUUUAUUCGAUUGGGUACUCGUGGGUCUGAGCGUACUGGGCUUGGCUUUGGUAUUCGAUCCACUGGGAUCAAUGGGUCUGAAAGACAAAACUGUACCAGAUUCCGAGGAGCACUACAGGGUCUCUAAUAUAUGGAUGCGGAGGUUCAAAUUCUUCUGGUGGAUGCGACGAGACGAAAGUGCCCAUGAAACUUUUCAACAUGUUGCUGGACUGCUGAGCGCUCUAUUUCGUGGCACGGAUUUGGUACCCACCGACGUUAUGGCGGGUUGUAUUUUAUUGAGAGUCAGACAAAAACGCGAAACUUUGGAAAUGCGCAGGCUGCACAUUUUCAAUCGCCCGGUCUACACUACCGAUACCAGGGAGAUCUUCGAUCGCGCACCUAGCUGGAUGUCACUGGAAUGGGCACAGCAUUACAUGCAGUUAUCCAUAGCUUCUUACGCCUGGUUAUUCGUAAUGUAUCAACACGUAUGUACGGGGUGUUUUCGACUAAUCAGAGGCAUGACCUGCUGUGCAUGUUUCAGGCGAAAGCACAAUGUCAUAAUCGACGACAAUUGCUGUUUUUGUAAUCUUGCCGGGGUAAAAUAUUUGUCACAACUGUCGGAAGAUGAUAUUCUCUACGCCUCCUUCAGAAAUCAUCUUUGCGAGAUACCCUUCUGCGUAAUAGCCGAUCAUAAAACUGAGAGCAUUGUUAUAGUGAUCAGAGGAUCGCUCUCGUUGCGCGAUCUUAUCACAGACAUCGCCGCAGCAUCGGAUGCGUUCGAAGCCGAUGGCUUACCACCAAACAGUAUGGCUCACAGGGGGAUGAUUAUCGGCGCAAAGUUCCUCUUGAAACAGCUCGAUGAAUCUCAAAUUUUAACCAAGGCGUUCACCUUGUAUCCCCAAUACAGUCUUACUCUGACAGGUCAUAGCUUGGGUGCCGGGCUCUCUGUGCUCCUAGGAUUACUGAUACGACCGAUAUACCCGAAGCUCAGAGUCUACGCGUUUGCGACACCCGCUGGCCUGCUCAGUCGGGAAGCGGCCAGAGUCACCGAGGAAUUCGUGUUUACGGUAGGACUCGGAGACGAUCUGGUCAUGCGACUUAGCGUAGAUAGUAUAGAAAAUUUUAGAACAACUUUGAUGAUUACGCUACAAGCCUGCCGUUUGCCAAAGUACAGGGUAGUGCUCAAUGGUUUGGGAUAUGCCCUGUUCGGGGUGCCUCACAGAGAUCUUGAAAGGAUGUGGCGUAAUGGUAAUACAAUGGGCUCGUCGCCGGGACAGCUCCCACUCUUGGCUGAUCCACCCACACGUGACAUAGAAACAACGAUAUUGGAACGGGACGUUGCUUUGAGAAGGUAUUCCAGUGUUCGUUUGUACACCGCAGGUCGGAUACUUCACAUCUCUCGAUGUAAUUCAAAACUUCAACAAAAGAAAAGUGACGAAGACGGGGGCGAAAAUUGCAGAUAUGAGAUGCGUUGGGCCCAAGCUGAAGAUUUCAUGGAACUAUCCGUGAUGCCGCGAAUGCUGCUGGACCACUUGCCUGAAAACGUUGAGCGUGCUUUGACAGCAUUACUCAGACAGAAAGAAGAAAUCCCCACGGAUAUCGAUGUAGUGUGAUUGAUGAUAACUAAAUUUGGUUACAAAGAUGAUGUCUGUGACAAGACUUUGCUCGGAAUUUUCGAAAAAUCAGUAUUUUUAAUAAUAUUUAUACGACUGUACUCUAUGCUGUAUCGAUUUAAUUUCAACUACGAUUUUUACUAAAAUAGUGAUAGCAAUUCCUAAAUUGUACAUUCAAAUUAGCUAUGUAUACUCAUGGGUGUAGGUCGCUUAGGCAGGUCGAUCCUAACUUGGCUGCGCUAAGUUUUUUAUCCAGUGAUUCACGUCGAGUCUGCAAUGAAAUAAAUUUCAUUCAUGAUUUCAGAACUUGGGGAAUUGUGCUUACCCAAUCAUUUGUAUAUGAUUACGGAACUAUGAUAAUUAAUUACUGUCAUGGUCGUGGGUUAGACGAUAAUGGUUGUAAAAAUUGAAAUGUUUUAGAAUAUAACGAAUAAAUAGAAGAUUUUAAUAA